CUUGUUAGCUAAACUGAAUUCUCCGUCCGACCACAGACCGAGUUACGAUGGAAGCCAGACGUCUUAUCGGAACAUCCGUCAACAUUUGUCGCAGUGAUGGUCGUGUUCAUUUGGCCGCCGUGAAGUCCGUGGAUGAGGUCAAAUCCGUGGCGAUGGUGGAGUGGCAAGAGAAGAACAUUUGUCGAGGAAAAGAGGUUGAAAUUAGUGAUCUUUAUUCCCUCAAUCCAAAACUAUUGAAGUGUAUCAAUUCUCCUGCCAGUAAAGUUGCCACCCGACUCCAUCCUGUUGUGGAAAAGGAGUAUGAGGGCCGCCUGCGGUCAUCCAGAAUUCCUGGCCUUCCUUCCUCCACUGCUCCAGCAGUAACCCAGGCUGAAGAAACAGGGAGCGGGAGAAUUCAGACCAGGCAAACAUGUUUUUUCCAAGCCCCAACCAACCCAGCAGCCAUGUCUACCACCGGGUCUUCUCAGGCAAGCCCAGGGAUGAUCCAACCUGAAUCCCUGCCUUCAUCGGUCCUGGCACUCUCUGCACUUCCUCAUAAGCAGCGUAAAAAGAACGAGAUCAAACCAGCAUCCAAUAAAUGUUUUGCCUCUGAGGCCAUGAAGGAAAACGAUGCAUUUGAAAGGCUUCCUCCUCACUCUGCAGGAAAAGUCGGUAGGAAGUCUGUGGCCCCUCAAGAGAUUAACAAGGCCAACAAAAGGCAAUCUUGUGCUGUUAAGCCCCCUGAAAUAAUAAGCAAGAAGGGAAAGUUUGGAGGGGUUACUCAGCCAAACCAGAAAUUCUAUGACAUGAUCCAAGAUUUCAGAGCCACUCUGGAAAUUGUCCCUAUAUCGGCAUCUGACCUGAUUGAACCUCACAAGAUUUGUGUGUGUGUUCGCAAGCGACCCCUAAACAGGCAAGAGAUUAAUAAGAAGGACAUAGAUGUGAUCUCUGUACCAGGGAAAGGUUCUCUGCUAGUUCAUGAACCAAAGCAGAAGGUGGAUCUCACAAAAUACUUGGAUACCCAAACCUUUCAGUUUGAUUACUCCUUUGAUGAGACUGCCACCACUGAGUUGGUCUACAAAUUCACGGCCAAACCUCUGGUUCAGUCCAUUUUUGAAGGUGCCAUGGCAACAUGCUUUGCCUAUGGUCAAACCGGAAGUGGGAAGUCUCAUACAAUGGGAGGUGACUUCAUAGGGAAGCAGCAGAACAGUGGUAAAGGCAUCUACGCUUUGGCAGCGCAGGAUGUUUUCAUCUGCCUCAACCACAGGCGAUACACUAGCUUGGAUCUUUCUGCUAACAUCAGCUUCUUUGAGAUUUACAAUGGCAAAGUGUAUGACCUGCUAAACAAGAAGGCAAAGCUCCGUGUCCUGGAAGAUGACAGACAGCAGGUGCAGGUGGUGGGUCUGGAGGAGGUCUGUGUCUCCACGGCAGAAGAGGUUAUUAAGAUGAUACAAGUGGCCAGUGCAUGCAGAACAUCUGGCCAGACUUCAGCCAACGCCAACUCUUCCCGCUCUCACGCUGUUCUCCAGAUAGUUCUACGGCGGAAUGACCGUGCCGCAACACUGCAUGGCAAAUUUUCACUGGUCGAUUUGGCCGGCAAUGAGCGCGGCACAGAUGUCAGCAGCAACGAUCGCAGCACACUGGUGGAGACGGCUGAGAUCAACCGCAGCCUCCUGGCUCUCAAGGAAUGCAUUCGUUCACUGGGAAUGAAUAGUGAUCACAUUCCUUUCAGGAUGAGCACUUUGACAAAGGUCCUCAGAGACUCCUUCAUUGGGGAGAAAUCCAGGACGUGCAUGAUUGCUAUGGUGUCUCCCGGCAUGGCUUCGUGUGAAUAUACAAUGAACACGCUGCGUUAUGCUGACAGAGUGAAGGAACUGAGGAGACCAGCCAAAGCAAAUGGAACAGCUAAGGUGCAACAGCCUGUAGAUGGCUCUUCAGAAGAGGAAUCUGAGGGAGAUACCAGUGUGUAUGAUGCUAUAUCUCAAGUGGCGGAGCUGGAAGAGAAUGUGCAUGAAGUUCUGCAGGCAGGAGUUGGACUCAUCAAGGACAUGGAGCAAACAUCAUAUGACAUUGAGGAGGGGCUGCCUCACCUGAUGCUUCAUGCAAAGAAAUUAAUGGACACCGUAACGGCUUUGCAGAAUGCAGUGAAUCAAGAGAAAGUGGCGAGGAUGAACCACAAUCAUUAGCAGGGGUUGCUCAAUGCUGGUUCCCUGUGGGGACGACACUACAGUUGUUUUGAAAGCUUAAUGUUUCACUUCAUUGUUUCAUUUGAGAUACAAAUACAGCCGGUGUCCCAUAAAUUAGUGUAUGUUUAAUAUGAUGUCUCGUAACUUGGUGUUCACUAUGUUUUGUGUGGCACGAUAAUGCCGUAGGGUUGUUGUCAUCUGAGCUGUGUUUUGCUGUUCUUUGAGCUGUAUACAGUUGCUGCAGAUUUUAAAGUGAGGCUUACAUUAAUAAAAUCUGACAUUGUUUAAAAGAUUUUUCAUUAUUUUACUGCACCAUGUCAAAAUGUUGUCAAAUGUCAAUAAAUAUGCA